AUGUUUGAGAACCUUUGCACGCUGCCGCUGCAAUCGGAUGUCUUCACGACAGCUCUGCACCCUACGGAACCGCUUCUCACGGUGGGUUUGUCUAGCGGCCACGUGGAAACGUUUCGACUGCCGCCGAGCAACGCGCCCGAGGACGAUGCCGACGCGGACAGCAGCUUGUUGAGCGACGGAAAGGGCAUGGUGGACACUGUUUGGAAGACGAAAAGACACAAAGGAAGCUGCAGGUGUUUGGCAUAUAGCCAGGACGGGCAGGCCAUGUAUUCUGCGGGAACCGACUCCCUAGUCAAAUACUUCGAGCCAGGCACCGGAAGGGUUAUUUCCAAAAUCUCAAUCCCAAGCUCCACCUCGGUGCCGGACGCGCCCACCCUGCUGCAUGUUCUUAACCCCCAAAGUCUGCUACUAGCGACCGACUCCGGGGCUCUUCACAUCGUCGAUCUGCGCGAGGCGGCGCCGGGGAGGAAGCCGGCGCAGAGUCACUUUCCCCAUUCUGACUACGUCUCGUCGAUUACGCCUCUCCCGCCGUCAGAGGAAAGCACGAGUGGGUUCCCGAAACAAUGGGUCAGCACGGGUGGCACAACGCUGGCAGUAACCGAUGUUCGUCGUGGUGUCUUGAUACGCAGCGAGGACCAAGAAGACGAGCUUCUUAGUGCAUGCUUCAUGCCGGGGAUGGGGCCUAAGAGCAAGCGAAAUAAUGGUGUGGUAGCAAUCGGCUCCGGGAGCGGCGUCCUUAGCAUCUGGGACAAGGGGUCUUGGGACGACCAGCAAGAACGAAUUAUCGUUGACGGCGGAAAGGGGGGUGGUGAAAGCAUCGAUGCCAUCGUCAGAGUACCCUCCGAAAUAUGUCUGGGGAAGAAAGUGAUUUGUGGCGUUGGUGACGGCAGCCUACGCAUCGUCGACUUGGUGAGGAGGGAAGUCGACAGAUGCACAAACCUGCGGCACGACGACAUGGAAGCCGUUAUUUCGCUGGCUUUCGACUGCCGCAACCGGCUCAUCAGCGCUGGCGGCAAGACCGUCAAAGUAUGGGAGGAAUUGUACGAACUGGAAGGCGGAGACAGCGGCCAAGACUUGGAAGCUGAUAGUGAUGAGGAGGACCAAGCGGAUGAGCGCUGCAAGCGACCUGCCGCCGGUGAUAGUGACGAUGACAACGACAGCGGCGAUGACAGUGAGGGUGACGGCAUAGAGGAGAUGAAGCGCCGUGCCAAGCGGCGCAAGGAGAUUCAGAAGAGUAAACUCGGUCCCAUGGGCGCCCAUGGCAUUAUGGGCUUCGAGGGACUCGAUUGA